AUGUGUGGCUAUGCCACACGUGCACAGAAACAGUUGGCACCGUAUCUGAAGAAGUUACUGCCGCACUGGCUGUGCUGUCAACACGAUGUGUACGCCGACGUCUCGGCUGUGGCUGUGUCUGCAUUUGACGCACUCUUUGCUGAGAAAAAACAAG